AUGUUGACAAUGACUCUUAAAUUAGAACUGUUGCUAAUACAAAAUAUUAAACCUCACUUGUCAAGAAAUCCUUUUUUCUUCAUCCAACCACCAUCACCUUUAAUAUUUAUCUACAUAAACUUAAGUUCUGGCAUAAGCUGUCAAGUGAAAACCAUUAGCAGGAAAGUUAAAGAAAUCAAAGCAAUGAAGAUUGAUUUAUUAAACCAAGCUUGA